AUGCGCGAUGAUUUCGAUACCAAGUGGUCUGCAAUCCUAGCCAAAGUACCCAAAGGAAAGAAUCCAUUCGAUUUUGUACAAAGAAACAUGGACCUUCGCGCCCAUGGCCGACAUUCUGGAGGCACAUUCACGGUGCUGAUAGUUUUGACAGUGUUGGCAUUCAUAAAUAUCCUGGUCGUACUCUUUUGUUUCUUUUGGAUCCUGCUCAAUGGCCGCGAAGGGCGAUCUAGACAUCUUUGGCUCAUUCGAUAUGUUAGAACCAAAGAUAAGAAAUUUGUUAUCGCACCUAACAGCAGCCUAUUUACGAUCAUAUUCCAAUCUCCCUCUAGUGCUGCCGCACUGGUUUACCUCUUGUUUGUUUGUAAAAAUCUGAAAUAUGCUCGAGAGCUAAACCUUCAGUCGUCUUCCGUUUGGUUUAAUGUCACAUUUCUUCUAUCAUACAUCGGACUCUGGACUUCUGGAUGGGGCUACUGGUCUGCUUCUCUGUCACGCCAGCCGAAAGAUUUACUAAUCACAGAUCGGGUUUUAUCCUCGAGACUGUCUGCCAUAUGCGGGGCGAUUUGGUGUUCACUGGCGGGCGGACUGUAUAUUUUCAGCUUGUUUAUGAUGCAAGCUUCCUUGAACAUCUCCCUUGACAGUGACUCUCAGCUCAGAGCUCAACUACAGAAAUAUGCUCGUGUCUGGACCAAAUCACCCAAAGCGGCGAACCCCCAUGACCUUGCAUCACUCUUCAAUCACUGGCGGGUCAAUCAACACACAUUUGCACUUUGGCGCACUUUCACCGGAACAUUGCAAGGAGUCAUGAGCUUGCUGCUUUGUGUGCUGUACCUUGUUGCGGGAUCCGCGCUUCAGAGGAUCCAAAAUCUGGACAACGGAAGCUCACCAAGAGCCCAACUUCCAUCACCCGUCGAAAAACCUGUUGAAAGUUCAAAACCCAAAAUGCUAAAGAGUUUCAAGAUCAGCAAGAUAGAACUUCUUAUUCUCUACUGUUAUGCAAUGGUCAUAUGCACUCUAGGUCACUCGUUUAGCCUGCUGGUUUGUUAUAAUCUUUCACAUCGAUCGCAAUGGGCAUUAAGCGUAACCGGCGAUGACGCUCUACUAAAGAUUCUGCCGCUGACACUAAUUUCUGUGCUUUCCUCAAUUCUAACGUGGAAAGCUGUUGUGCGAAGAAAGAUGAGGACUCCCAAAGCGGAUACCGAAUUGUCUGUCCAGCCGCCACCACCGUGGGCACCACUUGCAGCAGAGGCAAAACAACUGAAUACCUUUCAUCCUGCGAAUCAUGCAUUAAUGUCCCCAGAGGGUACUCAGGACCACACAUUUUCAAUUAGUUUCCCUUAUCCUAAGCCACAAAAAUCUAACCCGUUGAAGGGAUGCAUGCCACUAUAA